UGUCCGGUACCUGCUCGGGCGCCGGCGCUCGGCCGCCCCGCUGCCCUCGGGAGCCUUGGGCGCGCCCCUCCGCUGAGGCGCCAUCGGGCCAGGCCGCUGCGGAACCGGGCGGAACGCGGGAGCCGCCCGAGCCCGGGACGAGCGCCGCGAGAGGUUGCGCGAGGCCGGCGCUGCCGGGGACGCAGAGCGACGCACUCGACCGUCGACCCCGGGUCUGGCGGCCAGGCCCGAGCAAUCGGAGGCCGAGCGCCGAGCAGGGCGGGGCGGAGCGGGGACCUGGGCGCGCACUGUGCAGGGCACCGCGCCGCCCGCGCGCCCCUCGCCCGCCCCUCCGCCCUCGGAACUCGCCGAGCCUCGGAACCUGCGGUCUGAAAACCGUCCGUCCUGUGCAUGAGAAGUAAACUCUUAACCGGCCGUGUCAGGACACCUGAGACUCUGAAGGGGUGAACAGCGAGGUGCAUCCGUGAGGAGUGAGCCUGAAGAAGGAAGAAGUGCCCAGACAAGAGAUUUUUGUUAUAUGACUUCAUGAAAAAUAGUGAAAUGUCAGGUUCUUCACCAUUUAAGAUGCGAUUAGUUCAUUUGGACCUUAAAGGAGCUCCACCAAAGGUUUCCUACCUCUCUGAGGUCUUUCCUCUGUUCCAUGCCUUGGGCGCCAAUGGGCUCCUCCUCGAGUAUGAAGACAUGUUUCCCUAUGAGGGCCGCCUCAGGCUGCUGAGAGCCAAGCAUGCGUACAGUCCCCCUGAAAUCAAGGAGAUCCUACAUCUGGCUACACUGAAUGAGCUAGAGGUCAUUCCAUUGGUGCAGACAUUUGGACACAUGGAGUUUGUGCUGAAGCACGAGGCUCUCGCUCACCUCCGAGAAGUAGCACUUUUCCCCAACACCCUGAACCCCCACGAGGCGGAGUCCCUGGCGCUGGUGGGAGCUAUGAUCAGCCAGGUCAUGGAGCUGCACCCGGGUGCCCGGUGGCUCCAUGUCGGCUGUGACGAGGUCUAUUACCUUGGAGAGGGCGAGGCCUCGAGGCAGUGGCUGCAGCAGGAGCAUAACACCAAAGCAAGACUGUGUCUGUCCCACAUAAAGGCGGUGGCCUGCCACGUGCUGGCCCAGCACCCUGCCACGAGGCCCCUGGUGUGGGACGACAUGCUGCGGGCCAUCCCCGAGGACCAACUCUCAGCAUCGGGGGUACCACGGCUGGUGGAGCCCGUGCUCUGGGACUACGGGGCCGACCUGGACGUCCACGGCAAAGCUCUUCUCAUGGAAAAGUACCGAAAGUGUGGUUUUCUCCGGCUGUGGGCUGCCAGCGCCUUCAAGGGGGCUACGGGGGCAAGCCAGGCCCUGACCCCCAUCGAGCACCACCUCAGGAACAACAUGCAGUGGCUGCAGGUGGCGGCCAGUGGGCCCGCGGACAUGCUGCAGGGCAUCGUCCUGACCGGCUGGCAGAGGUACGACCACUUCUCUGUGCUGUGCGAGUUGCUGCCCGUGGGAAUCCCGUCCCUGGCCGUCUGCCUGCAGUCACUGCUCCACGGAGAUUUUGCCGAAGACGUUAAAGCAAAAGUGGAGAACUUUCUUGGGAUUUCUAACCUAGAAAUAACUGAUUUUACAAGUGAGGGGGCCGGCUCCUUCCCUGGCAGCGACAUCCUGGCCCUUGUCACGCACGUCGGCCUCCACCUGCGCAGCUCUGUGGACGCGCUGCUGGAGAGGGACAGGUACGUGACCGGCUGGUUCAGCUCCUACCACCGCAGGCGGAAGCUCAUCCACCCGGUCAUGGUCCAGCACAUCCAGCCCCAGGCGCUCAGCCUCCUGGCCAGGUGGAGCACCUUGGUGCAGGAGCUGGAGGCCGCCCUGCAUCGCGUCUUCUACCCAGACACCGUGGAGGAGUGGCUGGAGGAGAACGUGCAGCCCAGCCUGAGGCGGCUACAGGGUUUGCUACAGGACCUCAGAGAGGCAGCCAGCCCCAGGCCGCUCGCAGCUCAGGACCCCUGAGGCGUGGGGCCAGGCACCCCUGUCCAGCUGCGUCCGGCCUCCCACUGUACCCGGGACCACCUGCAACAGGCCACACCCACGGUGCAGACAUUUCUCGCUGGGAAAGACGAGUGGGAAAUGUCCAAGAAGGACACACGCUGAGGCCUGCUUACUGAUCCGCAUGUAGAACCUGUUGGCUUGAAAUAAAAAGGAGAGUGGGAGCUAGAAC